UUUUAUCAGAUUAUAAAAACCAAACUCAUCUUCAAAUUGGAAGGUUCUUAUUAAAGUUGCGAACCACCAUUAAAGCCACCCUCUUUCACCGCGGCAGUCAACAGUCGAAGGACGAUUGGACUCAACAGCUUAUAAACAAUCCACUAUCAGUGAGUUCAGAGUCCAUUAAAGCCAUAUACUUUCUUGGGCAUUUCUCAAUGGCGAUGGCGACACCCUCUUUUGGAGAAGUGAUUGAAGGUGAUGCAAUAUUAAAGGGAGACAAACUCAUUUUAAGAGGCUUGAUGUUCCAUGGUUAUCAUGGGGUGAAACCUGAAGAAAAUAAAUUGGGCCAGAAAUUUUUGGUUGAUAUUGAUGCUUGGUUGGAUCUCCGCUCUGCUGGUGCAUCUGAUAAUCUAUCAGAUACAAUCAGUUAUACUGAUAUUUAUCGCAUAGCGAAAGAAAUCGUUGAAGGACAACAUCAUAAUCUUCUGGAAUCAGUUGCUCAACGCAUUGCAUCAACUACCCUAACAAAACAUCCCCAGAUUUCUGCUGUUCGUGUGAAGCUUGGGAAGCCUCAUGUUGCUGUGAUUAGUCCUGUUGACUACUUGGGUGUUGAGAUUCUAAGAUACAGAAGUAUUGAUGUACCAAAGUAAGAUACAUAUCUGAUUUGCAUACCCAUAUACACUUUUGAGAAAAUGGUGUUGUCUUGUUUUUUAUUCUUGUUAUUGUUCAUGAAUUGAAAUUUAUAGUCAUCAUUGAGUUCAUGAUUUUA